AGAUAUAAAUGACCAAUUCUGCACUUAAGCAAUAGCAGACAGAGUUUAUUGACUGACCUUGAGUCUUCACUUUAUGAUGACCAAAUUUAUUUUUCUAACGGGCUUUUCUUUGGCAUUGUGCCACUUUGGAUUGGCCUUCCAACUGCUAUGCUACUUCACAAACUGGUCUCAGUACAGAAAUGGCGUUGGCAAGUACCUGCCAUCUAAUGUGGACCCAUAUCUGUGCACUCAUUUAAUUUAUGCUUUUUCCGUUAUUAACCUGGAAAAUAAAUUGACAACCUUUGAAUGGAAUGAUGAAACUCUCUACAAAUCUUUCAAUGGACUGAAGAAAAGAAACCCCAGCUUGAAAACUCUCUUGGCUGUCGGAGGAUGGAACUUUGGCUCAACUCGGUUUAGUAGCAUGGUGUCCACAUCAGAAAACAGGAAGACAUUUAUUCAGUCCUCCAUCACAUUUCUGAGGACCCAUGACUUUGAUGGUCUGGACCUGGACUGGGAAUAUCCCGGUGCUCGUGGAAGUCCUCCAGAAGACAAGCAGAGAUUCACUCUGCUGUGUAAGGAACUCCGGGAAGCUUUCAAGGCAGAGAGUGCCGCCACUGGACGCCCCAUACUCAUGCUCAGCGCUGCAGUGGCUGCUGGGAAAGGAAACAUUGAUGCUGCUUAUGAAAUUUCAGAAAUAGUCAAAUAUUUGGACUCCAUUAAUGUCAUGACCUAUGACUUCCACGGCUCAUGGGAGACUAUCACUGGGCACAACAGUCCUCUGUACCGUGGCUCUGGAGACACAGGAGACAAUAUCUACUUCAAUACGGAUUUUGCAAUGAAAUACUGGAGAGAUCAGGGUGCUCCUGUGGAAAAGCUGAGGAUGGGCUUUGCGACAUAUGGAAGAAUGUUUCAACUGGCGUCUGCAGCCAGUGGAGUUGGAGCUCCAGCUCUUGGAUCUGGCUCAGCUGGACCUUUCACCAGAGAGAACGGAUUCUGGUCCUAUUAUGAGAUCUGUACUAUGCUUAAUGGAACCACCGUGCAGUGGAUUGAUGAUCAGAAAGUUCCUUAUGCAACCAAGGAACAGAACUGGGUGGGAUUUGACACCAAGGAAAGCUUUACGACUAAGGUGAACUACCUGAAGGAGAACAAGUUCGGUGGAGCUUUCAUCUGGGCUCUGGAUCUCGAUGACUUUGCAGGACAGUUCUGUGGGCAGGGCAACUACCCUCUAACUGGGCACCUCCGUACACUUCUUAAUAUUGAGUUUCCAUCUCUCCCUCCAAAUACAACGGAUGUCCUCAAUGGGACCUCAACGACAGCAUCCACCACUACUCAAUCUUCUAGACCUCAGGUUGUGCCGACGGCUCCCUCAGGAAAGGAGUUCUGUGUAGACAAACCGACGGGGGGAAUAUAUGCAAACCCAGCUGACCCAAAGACCUUCAUUCAUUGUUCUAAUGGCAUAACCUAUGUACAGAGAUGCGCUGAAGGGACCGUCUUCAAUCCCAACUGCGUGUGCUGUGACUGGCCUAAGAAUUAACCUCACGUUAUCACGGUUUGACUACUCAGGGCCACUACUGGCGCAAUAAUUUCACAUUUUAUCUUUAAAUAUUGUGUUAAUGUCUUCAAAUUUAACAGACAGUCAAUGAUAUACUACUACUUUCGUCAAAUAUUUUGUU